AUGGCUACUAAAGAUUCUUGCGGGACGCUCGAGACGCAUGCAGCUGUGCGUAAGCACCCGAUACGGGAGGUCGACGACAGGGAGGAACUGCAUGAAUACGGGAAUGAUAGUGAAUCAACAUCAUCAAGUUACAGUCAGUCCGACUACUCCGAGUAAGAUAACCCUGUACAUUAUUGCAUGUUGCUUCCGAAGAGAAAGAAAAACCUAUUUUUGAGAGGGCUAACGUUAUGGUAUUAAAGGGCUGCCUGACUGUUUGCGACCUCCGCUGUCUAGCUGUCUUUAUCAGUUGCCACCUCAACUUUAUAACUUGACAACCGAGGCAGCUCACUGGAAGCGACUGGGCAGGUGAAGCAGGAUGCACACUCACUGUAAAGUGGUCUAGUGGUGGCUUACUGGCUACUGUUAUUCUUCACCUAUGUGUGGACAGUGAUCGAUGCAUGGUUUUGCUGUAUCAACAUCUGUUUCAUAACAUCCAAACUCUUUUUAUGUGAAACUCUUUUUAUGUGUUCAUAAAGCUUAUGGCAUGCGUUAUUAUUAUAAAGGCAAGGUAGGCCUAUGCUAUGUUCACCCAACAAAGUCUGUUUAGUAUAUUGAUUCUAUGAGAUUAGUUUAAAAGUUUAUAAAUAUAAUUUAUUAAAUUUCUAUAGCGCUUUUCAUAGAAUCUCAAAGUGCUUCAAGAGCCAAAAAGAAACAAGUAAUAUAUCAUGACAGGGCAACCAAUAGAGAUCAAGUCUUUGAAAGCUGCAUCCUCCGAAGAUGGAGAAGUCAGUUCAUGUCUUAAGUGGAGAGAGCUGGUUAGAGGAUGCUAGAUGAUGGAGUCUGCUGAUGAUCUUGUAGAGGGCAAGUCUGGGAACCAGCCUGACUCUUAUAGACACUGGACUUCUCUCUUCCACUCUGUGUAGCACCCACUUGGGUGAUGCCUCCGUAGCUCUGGGUACCAGAAAGGUCACCACACAAAGUUCAGAAUAGUAGCCAGUUGUCCUCACUACGAGCCCUCUGCCUCACCACUGCUGUAGUCCUCUAUCUCCCAUUCCUCUCAUGCUUCAGGUUCUCUUCCAAACAAAAACAUUAACUAGCUAACUAGCUAACUAGCUAGCCAAGCCAAAAAGUGUUAAAUCCGUGGCUCAAAAACACCAGAUACUGUAUUUACAAUAAAAACGUAUGUUCUCAAAAAUAAAAGAGCUGAUUAAAAAUCAAUAAUUAAAAACACCAACAAAAUAGCUAAAUAUGUAGCUACACAUUUACAGGAGGUCUGUGCUUAGGCUGCUACUAGGGCGCCAUGGCAACUAUUUAUUUGUAUUUGUAUGUUUUUAUUGUUGUCUGGCCGUCUUGUUGACUUGAUGACUGUCCAUUGUUUGCCUCUAGUCUACCAAUUCCAAGCAAUCCAAAUACCUUCAGUUUAAAUGUUGUGUUCACCGUAUCCAAAAAGCCUCUCAGAGUAUGAGUACUGAUGUAGGAUCAGUUUAGCCUUUUAGAUCAUCAUGAAUAACAUUAUAUGGACUGAUUGGGACCUGAUCCUAGAUUAGUACUCCUACUCUGAGAUGUUUUGAGGAUAAGGGAUCAGAGCUCAAUCUGCACUGCAGCACUGGUAUGGACAGAUAACUAUCUCUGCUAUCUUAUCUGGCCAUAUCACCUUUCAAAGAAGGUCGUCAUCUUUACUCAAUUAAAGUAGAACUCAACUGUAAGCCAUGGAAUGCGUCCAAAUGGCACCCUUUUCCCUAGAGUCCUAUGUGCCCUGGUCAAAAGUAGUGCACUAUAUAGUGAAUAGGGUGCCAUUGGGGACACAGGCUUUGUAUUGAAACAGAAAAGAUGGAUGAGGCAAAAGCAAAAGGAACAAUCAGUGUAGUUGCGCUAUUCUGGGCAUAGUAUACUACUCUCCCCUCUUUUUUCUAUCAAAGUUUUGGGAAAUGUAUUUUUCCAAUUUGGAAACUUAACCUUCAUAAACAAUUAUAUGGUAUUCACCAUCCUUAGUGAAUUUAUGGAUGUGUUUUCCAAGAGUCUACCACAGAGGCAGCACAGCUUAGUUUAGAAGGAGACCGACCGACAUAAUUUUUUAUAUUUUUUUGCAGAGUUAGGGCAUUUUGUCUCUCGGGGCGGGGGUGUGGGUUUAGCUCUUUCUCGUCUCUGCUUGUCUCAAAAAAUGCAAUUUCUAGUCUUUCUUCAGCCGUGUGGUUUUCUUUCUCCCCCCAAAUGCCACACGAUAAAUUAGAACAGAAAAGCACUCCACUGGGAAUGAGUAAGAUAGAGGAUUAGGGGAUAAUAAAACGUCAUGUAAAUGUAGCUGUUGUGAAGUAUUAUUAAAUGAAAACAGCAUUGUAUGCCAUAAACCUUUACACCUGUAGCCUACAUGAUGGUUGUCCUAUUACACAUCUGCCUUUCAGUCAUCACUCUCUCCUUGACUGUAGUUAUACACUGACCCAGAACAGAAUACAAGAUGGGCUAUCAUACUUUUGGGCUGUUUGACAGAGUUUCACUUGUUACACAGUAGUAUAAUUGCGUUACUAACCCGUUUGAAUAGCAUCAUACAAGAUUCAUGUUUAGAUGGGGAUUGAGGGCUAAUCAGACAAAUUGUGAUGAAAGCCAAUAUGCUCUAAAUUAAUGACAAUAUAUGCACUUUUAAUCCUCAAGCGAGCCUUAUGUCUCUACACUGUAGUUCUUGCCAAAUUAACCUGACAAUCCCUAUCUGAUGGGUUCAGUGGGCAGGCAAACCAUCACUUUUGGCUCUGCUCUCAAACAUUUUCACCCACUUUAUGCUUUUUGUCUGUUCAUUUCCAGUGACCUAGAGCCAGAAUGGCUGGACGACGUCCAGAAGAACGGCGAGCUCUUCUACCUGGAGCUGAGCGAGGGCGAGGAGGAGGCGGCAUUAGCUCAGGCCGCCGCCAAUCACGGCCUCUCCACCAAUCACGUGCGCUUCAGCGAGAAGGAGGCGGAGAUCAUCAGCGAGGAGUGCAGGAAGCAUCCUGAUGGCGCUCCAACCAAAGGAGAGCCCAAGCUGAAAAGACUGGCCAGGAUCCUACGGAGGAAGAGGCGGCCAUCCCUGCGCAGUGAGCCCGACGGAGGAGCCAAAGACUCGUCAUCGCUUCCGGCAUCCAUCUUGAAAAACCAGGCGGGGCAGAGGGCGGGGCUGGUGGUCCAGCAGCAGCAGCUGACGGAGGUGUGUGUCUACCUGAACCCCAAACGACUGGGCAGCUGCUCCCCUCCUCCCCUGGAGAGAGGGGGUCUACUGGAGGCUCUGCUGGGGGUGGUGCAUCGCCCGUCCUGGGGCAGGGGCCAGGGAGACCCUACAGGGAGAAGGGGGGAGAAGAUCACCAUCCACGGCCUGGUGCCCAACAGCCCCGCCAUCAAGUGUGCACAGAUACUGAUCGGUGAGUGUUCAAAAACUCACUGUGGGGACGUCAGAAAUGGCACCGUAUUCCCUAUAUAGCCAACUCAUUUUGACCAUAAUCGCCCUGGUCAAAAGUAGUGCACUUUAAAGGGAAUAAGGGUGCCAUUUCAGACGCACCCAAUGUGUCUGUCAUAUACACAUUGCUUGACCUUUGGAUGGGCACUGGCAGAAAUCCCAGCAAGACUGCAAGAAACAAUUUUAUUGACAUAAUUGACAUGAUAUUAACUACUUAUAAAGUUGUGUUUUACAGCAAAUCGUUUCUUAUGUUUGUGGAGACUGACGUCGACACAGUUGUUGUGGGCAGACCAAGGAAUGCGAAGAAACUCCACAUGAGUUAGUGUUUAAAGCCAUGCCUUUCAUGUAGCCUACCACUCCAUGCUAAAACAAUUAGCCUAGACUCGUUAAAUACCUGAAACAAUUGAGGUGAAGUCUUUGUUAGGGAGAUAGGAAUGAAUAGAAGUCUGCACAGGGGCAGGUGAAACUCCUUGAUAUACAAAAAGAAACAACAGCACAUUUGGCUAUUUCUAUAUCCUUGGACUAUAUCUCUAGACUGUGCUCCUCUACAAAACCAUACUAUUUGUAAAACAGAUAACACAAUACUUUUUUGCCGUACCAACCAAAGUUGUUAGGAAUUCGACUUAAUGCAGCUCAUUAAAAACGGGGAUGAAAAGAUACACGCAUACAAACAUUCAUUUGCAUAGCCUACAGUACAGACUCAAUUGAGUACGUUUGCAGAAAUAUAACUAUUUACGCUUAUUGUUGUUAUCUACGUUAACAUGCUGCUGUUAUCCAUUGACUUCCUCCUCCUCCUCCCCAGGUGAUGACCUAGUAGCAGUGGAUGAUGUGGAUGUUACCACAGAGAACAUUGAGAGGGUUCUCUCCUGCAUUCCUGGGCCUACACAGGUGUGUGUUUGCUUGUGUGUGUGUGUGUGUGUGUGUGUGUGUGUGUUUGUGUGUGUGUGUGUGUGUUUCCAAGACCACCCACCCCACUCCUUACUGCCGUAUUAAAAGAACAGUAGUUAGAGAGAAGUAUGCACUGUUGUGUGUUGUAUUCGAGGUAAGUGUAUUAUUACGAGUUGUAAUACUGCUUUCACAUGUGAAAGUAUGCCAAAGACCUCCAACAGAUUAGAUGUUGUUUGUUGAGCCCUAUUCACAUUAAUUGAGCUCCAUGAUCAUGUAUCUUUCUCAGCUCUUGGUUUUCUACAUUAAGAGUUCAUUUUCUUCAUGAAGAGACCCCAUAAAACACACACGUCUCUGUGUCCCAAAUGGCACCCGGCGCCGAUCAAAAGUAGUGUACUAUGUAGGGAUUAGAGUGCCAUUUAGGGACGUAGCCUCUGAAACAGCAACAGCAGCCAAAGAAAGGGAAGUCCUUCACAUUAACUCAAUUACAGACAAACUCCUUUUUUCUAACCAACACGUCUGCUCUGCUCAAAUGUGUUAGAAGCUGGUUUCUACACACUCAAGGCAGGCAGGUGCACAUAAGGCAGACACACACACACUAAGACGCAAGGCAGACACGCAAGGCAGACCAAGACUGUGUGUCAGGAUCAUUCCACUGCCCCACACGUUAAAAGUGAGGUCUAGGAUGCCACUGCACCGUGUUAGCAUAAACCCAAUGGAUGCUAUAGCUCUGACCAAAGUCACACAUUCAUAAGGCUAGAAUGCCUUGAGAUGGCCUGAUUCAGAGCUGAGAUAAAAGUGAAGUAAAUCAUUAAUUGACCUCAAUGAGAGACAUGCAUGAAAUUUUCUGUCACUUUUCUACACACAAUACCCCAUAAUGUCAAAGUGGAAUAUGUUUUUAGAAAUGUUUACAAAUUAAUAAAAAAUGAAAAGCUGAAAUGUCUUGAGUCAAUAAGUAUUCAACCACUUUGUUAUGGCAAGCCUAAAUAAGUUCAGGCGUAGAAAUGUGCUUAACAAGUCACAUAAUACACUGCUCAAAAAAAUAAAGGGAACACUAAAAUAACACAUCCUAGAUCUGAAUGAAUGAAAUAAUCUUAUUAAAUACUUUUUUCUUUACAUAGUUGAAUGUGCUGACAACAAAAUAACACAAAAAUUAUCAAUGGAAAUCAAAUUUAUCAACCCAUGGAGGUCUGGAUUUGGAGUCACCCUCAAAAUUAAAGUGGAAAACCACACUACAGGCUGAUCCAACUUUGAUGUAAUGUCCUUAAAACAAGUCAAAAUGAGGCUCAGUAGUGUGUGUGUGGCCUCCACGUGCCUGUAUGACCUCCCUACAACGCAUGGGCAUGCUCCUGAUGAGGUGGCGGAUGGUCUCCUGAGGGAUCUCCUCCCAGACCUGGACUAAAGCAUCCGCCAACUCCUGGACAGUCUGUGGUGCAACGUGGCGUUGGUGGAUGGAGCGAGACAUGAUGUCCCAGAUGUGCUCAAUUGGAUUCAGGUCUGGGGAACGGGCGGGCCAGUCCAUAGCAUCAAUGCCUUCCUCUUGCAGGAACUGCUGACACACUCCAGCCACAUGAGGUCUAGCAUUGUCUUGCAUUAGGAGGAACCCAGGGCCAACCACACCAGCAUAUGGUCUCACAAGGGGUCUGAGGAUCUCAUCUCGGUACCUAAUGGCAGUCAGGCUACCUCUGGCGAGCACAUGGAGGGCUGUGCGGCCCUCCAAAGAAAUGCCACCCCACACCAUGACUGACCCACCGCCAAACCGGUCAUGCUGGAGAAUGUUGCAGGCAGCAGAACGUUCUCCACGGCGUCUCCAGACUCUGUCACGUCUGCUUUCAUCUGUGAAGAGCAUAGGGCGCCAAUGGCGAAUUUGCCAAUCUUGGUGUUCUCUGGCAAAUGCCAAACGUCCUGCACGGUGUUGGGCUGUAAGCACAACCCCCACCUGUGGACGUCGGGCCCUCAUACUGUUUCUGACCGUUUGAGCAGACACAUGCACAUUUGUGGCCUGCUGGAGGUCAUUUUGCAGGGCUCUGGCAGUGCUCCUCCUGCUCCUCCUUGCACAAAGGCGGAGGUAGCAGUCCUGCUGCUGGGUUGUUGCCCUCCUACGGCCUCCUCCACGUCUCCUGAUGUACUGGCCUGUCUCCUGGUAGCGCCUCCAUGCUCUGGACACUACGCUGACAGACACAGCAAACCUUCUUGCCACAGCUCACAUUGAUGUGCCAUCCUGGAUGAGCUGCACUACCUGAGCCACUUGUGUGGGUUGUAGACUCCGUCUCAUGCUACCACUAGAGUGAAAGCACCGCCAGCAUUCAAAAGUGACCAAAACAUCAGCCAGGAAGCAUAGGAACUGAGAAGUGGUCUGUGGUCACCACCUGCAAAACCAGUCCUUUAUUGGGGGUGUCUUGCUAAUUGCCUAUAAUUAACACCUGUUGUCUAUUCCAUUUGCACAACAGCAUGUGAAAUUUAUUGUCAAUCAGUGUUGCUUCCUAAGUGGACAGUUUGAUUUAACAGAAGUGUGAUUGACUUGGAGUACAUUGUGUUGUUUAAGUGUUCCCUUUAUUUUUUUGAGCAGUGUAAGUUGCAUGGACUCACUCUGCGUGCAAUAAUAGUGUCUAACAUGACAGACAUUGAAUAUCCCUUUGAGCAUGGUGAAGUUAUUAAUUACACUUUGGAUGGUGUAUCAAUCUACCCAGUCACUACAAAGAUACAGGCGUCCUUCCUAACUCAGUUGCCGGAGAGGAAGGAAACCGCUCAGGGAUUUUACCAUGAGGCCAAUGGUGACUUUAACACAGUUACAGAGUUUAAUGGCUGUUAUAUGAGAAAACUGAGGAUGGAUCAACAACAUUGUAGUUAGUCCACAAUACUAAACUAAAUUACAGAGUGAAAAGAAGGAAGCCUGAACAGAAUACAAAUAUUCCAAAACAUGCAUCCUGUUUGCAGUAAGGCACUAAAGUAAAACUGCUAAAAAAUUGGCAAAUAAAUUAACUUUAUGUCCUGAAUACAAAGUGUUAUGUUUGGGGCAAAUCCAACACAACACAACACUGAGUACCAUUCUUCAUAUUUUCAAGCAUGGUGGUGGCUGCAUCAUGUUAUGGGUAUGCUUGUCAUCGGCAAGGGAUUUUUUUAAAUAAAAAGAAGCGGAAUACAUCUAAGCACAGGCAAAAUCCUAGAGGAAAACCUGGUUCAGUCUGCUUUUCAACAGACACUGGGAGACAAAUUCCCCUUUCAGCAGGACAAUCAAUAACAUAAAACACAAGGCCAAAUAUACACUGGAGUUGCUUACCAAGACGACAUUGAAUGUACCUGAGUAGCCUAGUUACAAUUUUGAAUUAAAUCGGCUUGAAAAUCUCUGGCAAGACUUGAAAAUGGCUGCCUAGAAAUGAUCAACAACCAACUUGACAGAGCUUUACUUUUUUAUAUUUUUUAUUUGCAAAUAUUGUACAAUCCAAGUGUGCAAAGCUCUUAGAGACUUUCCCAGAAAGACUCACAGCUGUAAUGCCAAAGGUGAUUCUAACAUGUAUUGACUCAGGUGGUUGAAUACUUACAGUGGGGAGAACAAGUAUUUGAUACACUGCCGAUUUUGCAGGUUUUCCUACUUACAAAGCAUGUAGAGGUCUUUUAUUUUUAUCAUAGGUACACUUCAACUGUGAGAGACUGAAUCUAAAACAAAAAUACAGAAAAUCACAUUGUAUGAUUUUUAAUCCCUCUGCUCAAGCCAGCGCAUGUCCAGGCCCGUCUGAAGUUUGCCAAUGACCAUCUGGAUGAUCCAGAGGAGGAAUGGGAGAAGGUCAUGUGGUCUGAUGAGAUAAAAAUAUAGCUUUUUGGUCUAAACUCCACUCGCCGUGUUUGGAGGAAGAAGAAGGAUGAGUACAACCCCAAGAACACCAUCCCAACCGUGAAGCAUGGAGGUGGAAACAUCAUUCUUUGGGGAUGCUUUUCUGCAAAGGGGACAGGACGACUGCACCGUAUUGAGGGGAGGAUGGAUGGGGCCAUGUAUCGCGAGAUCUUGGCCAACAACCUGCUUCCCUCAGUAAGAGCAUUGAAGAUGGGUCGUGGCUGGGUCUUCCAGCAUGACAACGACCCGAAACACACAGCCAGGGCAACUAAGGAGUGGCUCCGUAAGAAGCAUCUCAAGGUCCUGGAGUGGCCUAGCCAGUCUCCAGACCUGAACCCAAUAGAAAAUCUUUGGAGGGAGCUGAAAGACCGUAUUGCCCAGCGACAGCCCCGAAACCUGAAGGAUCUGGAGAAGGUCUGUAUGGAGGAGUGGGCCAAAAUCCCUGCUGCAGUGUGUGCAAACCUGGUCAAGACCUACAGGAAACAUAUGAUCUCUGUAAUUGCAAACAAAGGUUUCUGUACCAAAUAUUAAGUUCUGCUUUUCUGAUGUAUCAAAUACUUAUGUCAUGCAAUAAAAUGCAAAUUAAUUACUUAAAAAUCAUACAAUGUGAUUUUUUUAAAAAUUCCGUCUCUCACAGUUGAAGUGUACCUAUGAUAAAAAUGACAGACUUCUACAUGCUUUGUAAGUAGGAAAACCUGCAAAAUCGGCAGUGUAUCAAAUACUUCUCCCCACUGUAUGUAAUCAAGAUAUGUUAGUGUUUUAUUUUUCAUAGUUUUCUUUACAAAUGUUAGAAUUUUUCUUCCACUUUGUCAUUACAGAGUAUUUUGUGUAGAUUGUUGACAAAAAAAAUGACAAUUAAAUUCAUUUUUAAUCCCACCUUGUAACACAACAAAAUGUGGAAAAGGUUGAGGGGUGUGAAUACUUUCUGAAGGCACUGUAUCUAUACUCUCAGUGUGUGUGACUGUUUUAGGAGUUUGAUGUUUGUCCAUAUUUAAUAUGCUCCCUGGAUACAGAAAGGCUUCUUUAAGUCUCUGUAAAUCCAUUGUAGGACGAAUGGUUGAGUAGAAUGGCGCUCACCACUGAAUACAGACAUCUUCUCCCAUUCCGUUUGGCUUCGAUCGGCUGUCAAAACGUAUAUAGCAGGUAACAAUCUUCACCAUUCUAUAUGAGGAAAACUGUCAAGUUCUGAGAAAUGACGCUUUGAUCGCCAUUCAGAAAACCGCUCAAGCUUUUUCCUCAUUCCUCUCCUCACACAGUCAAAACAGGGCCUCAAGAAGGUGGAAUUUGUAAUUGACAGUGUUGGCGGGAGUGAUGGCGUUUGCAGACAGAGAGGGAGACAGAGGUAGAGAGAGCAAGAGAAGCCAGACUGCGGCGGGGGUUGUUUGGGAUAACCACAGGAAAACGACCAUUACGCUGCGGCCACUGAGAGUACAGCUGAUUAGAAGACUCGGCCAGAUAGCAAAUUACACUGUAGAGAAGAGAGGAGGAAGAGAAAAGAUGAGGAGAAAAAACAAGGCCUUGUCGGUCCGUCGUGGCUUACCAUGCUACUGUAGAACUGGCAUACUCAGAGGAAACUUCAACUUUGGUGGUGGUUCUCUCUGUGUGUGUGUGUGUGUGUGUGUGUGUGUGUGUGUGUGUGUGUGUGUGUGUGUGUGUGUGUGUGUGUGUGUGUGUCUGUCUGUGUGUGGCUUCGUGCGUGGCUGGCCGGCUGUAUGUAUGUGGGCACUUUUGUGUGUGUGAACGUCCGCCCUCCCAGGUAAAGCAUGGUAGACAGUAGCUAUUACAUGGGCGUAGCAGCAGUUUGUAUAAAGGUUUGGACCACCAUGCCCUCUGCUUACCCUCAUAGUAUAGUAUCAUCAGUAGUACUUUACUCUCUCCCUCUCAAUUCAAUGGGGUUUAUUGGCAUGGGAAACAUGAGUUUACAUUGCCAAAGCAAGUGAAAUAGACAAUAAACAAAGGGGAAAUAAACAGGGGAAAGAAACAAUCAGAAAUUAAUAGUAAACAUUACUCACAAAAGUUUCAAUAGAAUAGAGACAUUUCAAAUGUUAUAUUAUUGGCUACGUACAGUGUUGUAACGAUGUGCAAAUAGUUGAAGUAUGAAAGAGAAAAUAAAUAAACAGAUAAAUAUAGGUUGUAUUUACAAUGUUGUUUGUGCUCCACUGGUUUCUUGUGGCAACGGGUCACAAAUCUUGCUGCUGAGGUGGCACACUGUGGUAUUUCACCUAAUAGAUAUGGGAGUUGAUCAAAAUUAGAUUAUUUGUGGGUCUGUGGGAAAUGUGUGUUUCUAUUAUGGUCAUACAUUUGGUGGGUGGUUAGAAAGUGCAUCUCAAUUUCCACCUCAUUUUGUGGGCAGUGUGCACAUAGCCUGUCUUCUCUUGAGAGCCAGGUCUGCCUAUGGCAUCCUCUCUCGAUAGCAAGGCCAUGCUCGCUGAGUCUGUACAUAGUCAAAGCUUCUCUUAAGUUUGGGUCAGUCACAGUGAUCAGGUAUUCUGCUACUGUGUACUCUCUUUUUAUUCAUUGGAACAGACUUUCUGGUACACUUCUUUAUUUAGUGUUGUUUAUACUGUUCCAAAUGGUCCGAAAAAAUUAUAGUAUUGUAAUCUAACAGCAACUGUUUGGCACAUAAUACUCACGCAGCGCUUGCUCCUAUGCCCUCCUUUUUCUUGAUCUCCAGUAGUUUCCACAACUAAGUCAAAUGUCUUCCACACAUCUGACUUCCCCUUUCCCUCCUGAGCAGCCAGUAAACAUUCCCCUGUUUCAAGUUUCUUUUUCACAUCCUCCCCAUCCAUUUUGCUGUCACGUGUUACUGUGUUCGGCGUUUGUUAUAACCAAUUUAUUGAUGUGAUUAUGAUAGGCUAUAGGUCAGGCCCUAUUGGUCACAUGCAUGCGAUGCUUACAUGUUUCACGUAAAGAGAGCAAGGGUUGAGAGAAUAGGGAAUGUUUUUCCUAAACAAAUUAUGUCGCAGAUACAGCAUGGACAGUGCUAUAAACAGUUGCUGUGCUGUGGUGCCUUUUGGCUGCAGUAGGGAGGAGAGAGAGACAACGUGUGCCAGUCACACAGGCAUUAGCACAGUGCGACCGUUGGGCUCUUUCUUGAGUCAUUUGUGUGUCUUCAUUAUUGAAUCAAACAGUGUGCUUAAAGCAUCAAACAAGCUCAGUGCAUAUGUAGUUGGUUUUAUUCUAAUGCAUAGGGUGUGUGUCUAUAUAUGGAAAAAUAUGUUUAAACAUUUCGACCAAUCAAUUGGUCGAAAGAACAGGAUGACUCUCGGUAGACAAGGAUCUUUUUAGUCUGGGACAGCCCUACAUUUUAUAAUGUAAAAUUUUAGUCAUUUAGCAGACGCUCUUAUCCAGAGCGACUUACAGUUAGUGAGUGCAUACAUUAUUUUAUUUUUUUUUCAUACUGGUCCCCCGUGGGAAAUUAACCCACAACCCUGGCGUUGCAAACGCCAUGCUCUACCAACUGAGUUACACGGGACUGCCCUAAUAUGGAGAAUGACAGUUGAGUUGAUCCAUAUGGUCCUUCAACACUCUUCAACACCCUCUAGUUGCUGAGAGGUUGAUGAGAGGAUAGUGUGGGCUUGUCCUCUGUUCUGGGUCAUGUUCAGGAUGACACACCGUAGCAAAACACUUUUCAACAUAAACCAAAAAUCUGUGUCCUCCAUUAGACAGGCUGUGGUAGAACCGACCCGUUUCCAAAUGUUUUCUCCCUGUUGAACACGACCCUGUUCUCUUCUGCUCUGGGACUCGAGAAGCAGUCAGACGUACUGUGAGAGUAAGUUACAGAAUGUCAGCGGGACUUAGAGCGACUCACUCAUCACUGUUAGGCCCUUCUAAUAACAGGCUACUGUUCCCUGCAGAACCAAGAUGGCGUCCGGCCAAGGACUGGCGCCUGCCCUGGUGCGGCUCAACAGUUUGUGUGUUUCUGCUGACAGCGUCUGGAGAUGUUAUGGCCUCACCCUAGAGUAAUGGAUUAAUUUAAAACACGGGUGAAAAAUACUAUAAAUAAAUGCUUAUUUAAAGCACGGAUUGCUUAGUUAAAGCACGGACACACAUACGCACGCUCUUGCUUAGUUAAAGCAUGGAUUGACCCGAGAGUGUGACUGUUUGAAUCCCUGAUGUUUGUUUGUUGCUGUUUCCAUCUUCCCUGUGUGACCUGACCUGUCUGGAACUGCAAGGAGUAACAGCGUAUUCUACGUUGCUACCAUGACAAAGACCAAUGCCGGUGGGAGUACCGUUGAGGACAGUGGUGUCUCUCUGUCACAGGUGAGGGAUCUUUUAAACAAAAAAAUUAGAGUUCUACAAGCAGUUGUUACAACAACAAGAAAAUAGCUUCAAGUGUUGUGUCCAAAUACUGGUGGAGUCAACUAAUAAAAUAAUGGACGAUCUGACCAGAGAGGUCCAGGACCUGAAGAACAGUUUGCAGUUCUCCCAGGGUCAGCUCGAUGAGUUUAAACAGGAGAACAGCAAGAUGACAGCAAUCUGUAAGUCAUUGAGAGAGGACAUCAGUUCUGUGUGUGAAUCCAUGAUAACAAUGACGGAGAAAUCAGAUACUCGGGGACAAGUCAGUGUAAAAACAUUUUUGUGGACAAAUUGGCAAUCUCCCCAUGAGACCUACAGUCCUGAGGACAACGUGAUGGAAAUGAUCACUGAAACUGAAGAUGGACCACAGGAAGAUUGAGGUGGAUCACGCCCAGAGGACUGGAAACCCCACCACCGGCCAAGGUCCCGAGGUUCAAGGACAAGGUAGCUGUUCUGGAAAGAAUCAAGAACUUGAGAGGAAUGCAAAUCUUCCCAGCCAUGAAAGCUGCCAGAGCACGUGGGGCUUGGCUCAUUGCUUACAUCCGCUAUGACAGGCUCAUUGUCCACCAUCCCUCCCAAAAGCCUAGAAGGGAUGAGGGAGCCAAGCCUCACAUACACACUUACACACACCAACUGAUUGAUGGACUGCUGAAUGUUUUUUGUUGUUGUUGCUUUGUUUGUUAUUUUCCAUAUUAUGCAUAGCUCUGAUAAGCUACCCAGGAAAGGGCUAAACAUAGCCCAUAUUAAUAUAUGUAGCCUUAGAAAUAAGGAUAAUGAAAUCAAUAACUUGUUAAUGUCAGAUAACAUUAAUAUAUUAGCCAUUUCUGAGACUCACUUAGGUAAUUCCUUUGAUGAUACAGCAGUAGCAAUACAAGGAUAUAACAUCUACAGAAGAGACAGUAAUGCCUAUGGGGGAGGUGUUGCUGUAUAUAUUCAGAGCCAUAUCCCUGUAAUGCUUAGAGAAGAUCUCAUGUCAAGUGUUAUUGAAGUGUUGUGGUUACAGAUUCACCUGCCUCAUCUAACGGCUAUUAUUUUAGGGUGUUGCUAUAGGCCACCUAGUGCUAACAGUCAGUAUCUAGAUAAUGUAAUAUAAUAAUAUGCCAUUUAGCAGACGCUUUUAUCCAAAGCGACUUACAGUCAUGUGUGCAUACAUUUUUACGUAUGGGUGGUCCCGGGGAUCGAAUCCACUACCCUGGCGUUACAAGCGCCAUGCUCUACCAAUUGAGCUACAGAGGACCACAUAAUGUGUGUGAAAUGCUUGAUAGUUUAUGUGAUAUAAACAGAGAGGUUUACUUUCUUGGGGACCUGAAUAUUGACUGGUUUUCAUCAAGCUGUCUGCUCAAGAGAAAGCUUCUCACUGUAACCAGUGCCUGUAAUGUGGUUCAGGUUAUUAAUCAACCUACCAGGGUGUUUACAAACACUACAGGAACUAUAUCAUCCAGAUGUAUUGAUCACAUUUUUACUAAUACUGUAGUACUUUGUUCUAAAGCUGUGUCCGUACCCAUUGGAUGCAGUAAUCCAGGAAAGCCAUGGUUCCAAAAGCUGGGCCUAAAAUAGUGUAUAACAGAUCAUACAAAAUAUUUUGCUGUGACUCUUGUGGAUGAUGUUACAAAUAUUUGUUGGUCUGAUGUGAUUGAUAAGGAGCAUCCAGACGCUGCACUUGAUGAAUUUAUGAAAUUGCUUCUUCCAAUUAUUGAUAAACAUGCACCUGUUAAGAAAUUGACUGUUAGAACUGUUAAGGCUCCAUGGAUUGAUGAGGAAUUUUAAAAGUGUAUGGUUGAAAGAGAUUGGUCAAAAGGAGUGGCUAAUAAGUCUGGCUGCACAUCUGACUUCUGAAAAUUGAUAGAUUAUGUGACCAAACUCAACAAAAAGAAGAAGAAACUCUAUUAUGAAGCCAAGAUCAAUGAUAUAAAGAAUGGUGGAGUACUUAAAUGAAAUUAUGGGCAAAAAGACGAAUUCAGCUCCAUCUUUCAUCGAAUCAGAUGGCUUAUUCAUCACAAAACCACUUGAUGUUGCCAAUUAUUUUAAUGAUUACUUCAUUGGCAAAGUGGGCAAACUUAGGAAGGAAAUGCCAGCAACGAACAGUGAGCCAUUGUAUUCAUGCAUAAAAAAAACAAAUAAUGAAAGAAAAGCAUUGUAAGUUAGAAUUUUGUAAAGUUUGUGUGGGAGAGGUGGAAAAAGUGUUAUCAAUCAAUAAUGACAAACCUCCUGGCAUUGACAAUUUAGAUGGAAAUCUACUGAGGAUGGUAGCUGACUCUAUAGCCACUCCUAUCUGUCAUAUCUUUAAUCUGAGCCUAGAGGAUAAGUGUUUGUCCUCAGGCCUGGAGGGAAGCCAAAGUCAUUCCGCUACCCAAGAAUGGUAAAGUGGCCUUUACUGGUUCUAACAGCCGACCUAUCAGCUUGCUGCCAGCUCUUAGCAAACUGUUGGAUAAAAUGGUGUUUGACCGAAUAAAUGCUAUUUCUCUGUAAACAAAUUAACAACAAACGUUCAGCAUGCUUAUAGAGAAGGGCACUCAACAUGUACUGCACUGACACAAAUGACUGAUGAUUGGUUGAAAGAAAUUGAUAACAAGAAGAUUGUGGGAGCUGUAAUGUUAGAUUUCAGUGCAGCCUUUGAUAUUAUUGACCAUAACCUGUUGUUGAAAAAAGGUAUGUUAUGGCUUUUCAACAUCUGCCAUAUCGUGGAUUAAGAGCUACAAUGGGGGAAAAAAGUAUUUAGUCAGCCACCAAUUGUGCAAGUUCUCCCACUUAAAAAGAUGAGAGGCCUGUAAUUUUCAUCAUAGGUACACGUCAACUAUGACACAAAAUGAGAAAGAAAAAUCCAGAAAAUCACAUUGUAGUAUUUUUUAUGAAUUUAUUUGCAAAUUAUGGUGGAAAAUAAGUAUUUGGUCAAUAACAAAAGUUUCUCAAUACUUUGUUAUAUACCCUUUGUUGGCAAUGACACAGGUCAAACGUUUUCUGUAAGUCUUCACAAGGUUUUCACACACUGUUGCUGGUAUUUUGGCCCAUUCCUCCAUGCAGAUCUCCUCUAGAGCAGUGAUGUUUUGUGGCUGUCGCUGGGCAACACGGACUUUCAACUCCCUCCAAAGAUUUUCUAUGGGGUUGAGAUCUGGAGACUGGCUAGGCCACUCCAGGACCUUGAAAUGCUUCUUACGAAGCCACUCCUUCGUUGCCCGGGCGGUGUGUUUGGGAUCAUUGUCAUGCUGAAAGACCCAGCCACGUUUCAUCUUCAAUGCCCUUGCUGAUGGAAGGAGGUUUUCACUCAAAAUCUCACGAUACAUGGCCCUAUUCAUUCUUUCCUUUCCACGGAUCAGUCGUCCUGGUCCCUUUGCAGAAAAACAGCCCCAAAGCAUGAUGUUUCCACCCCCAUGCUUCACAGUAGGUAUGGUGUUCUUUGGAUGCAACUCAGCAUUCUUUGUCCUCCAAACACGACGAGUUGAGUUUUUACCAAAAAGUUAUAUUUUGGUUUCAUCUGACCAUAUGACAUUCUCCCAAUCCUCUUCUGCAUCAUCCAAAUGCACUCUAGCAAACUUCAGACGGGCCUGGACAUGUACUGGCUUAAGCAGGGGGACACGUCUGGCACUGCAGGAUUUGAGUCCCUGGUGGCGUAGUGUGUUACUGAUGGUAGGCUUUGUUACUUUGGUCCCAGCUCUCUGCAGGUCAUUCACUAGGUCCCCCCGUGUGGUUCUGGGAUUUUUGCUCACCGUUCUUGUGAUCAUUUUGACCCCACGGGGUGAGAUCUUGCACGGAGCCCCAGAUCGAGGGAGAUUAUCAGUGGUCUUGUAUGUCUUCCAUUUCCUAAUAAUUGCUCCCACAGUUGAAUUCUUCAAACCAAGCUGCUUACCUAUUGCAGAUUCAGUCUUCCCAGCCUGGUGCAUGUCUACAAUUUUGUUUCUGGUGUCCUUUGACAGCUCUUUGGUCUUGGCCAUAGUGGAGUUUGGAGUGUGACUGUUUGAGGUUGUGGACAGGUGUCUUUUAUACUGAUAACAAGUUCAAACAGGUGCCAUUAAUACAGGUAACGAGUGGAGGACAGAGGAGCCUCUUAAAGAAGAAGUUACAGGUCUGUGAGAGCCAGAAAUCUUGCUUGUUUGUAGGUGACCAAAUACUUAUUUUCCACCAUAAUUUGCAAAUAAAUUCAUUAAUUUAUAUAUAAUUAUUUUUUUCUCAAUUUGUCUCUCAUAGUUGACGUGUACCUAUGAUGAAAAUUACAGGCCUCUCUCAUCUUUUUAAGUGGGAGAACUUGCACAAUUGGUGGCUGACUAAAUACUUUUUUCCCCCACUGUAUCUAUCUAAUAGAACACAGAGGGUUUUCUUUAAUGGAAGCUUCUCUAAUGUUAAACAUGUAAAGUGUGGUGUACCUUAGGGCAGCUCUCUAGGCCCUCUACUCUUUUCUAUUUUUACCAAUGACCUGCCACUGGCAUUAAACAAAGCCUGUGUGGCCAUGUAUGCUGAUGAUUCAUCCCUAUAAACGUCAACAACCACAGUUAAUGAAAUCAAUGCAACCCUAAACAAAGAGUUGCAGUCAGUUUUAGAAUGGGUGGCCAGUAAUAAACUGAUCCUGAACAUCUCUAAAACUAAGAGCAUUGUAUUUGGUACGAAUCAUUCCCUAAGUUCUAGACCUCAGCUGGUAAUGAAUGGUGUGGCUGUUGAGCAAGUUGAGGAGACUAAAUUACGUGGUGUUACCUUAGAUUGUAAACUGUUGUUGUUAAAAACAUAUUGAUUCAAUGGUUGUAACGAUGGGCAGAGAUCUGUCCAUGAUAAGAGAUGCUCUGCUUUUUUGACACCAAACUCCACAAAGCAAGUCCUGCAGGCUUUAGUUUUGUCUUAUCUUGAUUAUUGUCCAGUCAUAUGAUCAAGUGCUGCAAAGAAAGACCUAGUUAAGCUGCAGCUGGCCAAUAACUGAGCCGCACGUUUUGCUCUUCAUUGUAAUCAGAGGGCUGAUAUCAAUACUACAUUUUAGCAGACGCUCUUAUACAGAGCGACUUACAGUAGUGAGUGCAUACAUUUUUGUACUGGUCCCACAUGGGAAUCGAACCCACAACACUGGCGUUGCAAGCGCCAUGCUCUACCAGCUGAGACACACGGGAGGACUACUAGGUGACCUACUUUUUGUGUGUAUGUACUGACAUGUACGUGUAACUGAUAAAUGUAUGCACACUACAUGUUAAUGUUUUUAAAUGUAUGUAAAUUGAAAAGUAUUUUAUCUGUAAUGUAUUUUCCGUUAUGUGUCGGACCCCAGUAAGACUAGCUGUCGCCAUUGGCGUCGGCUAAUGGGGAUCCUAACAAAAUAGAAAACAAUACAAAUCAAAGCGUUGGAUUGGUGUAAGCAUGGACUUUCUACCAUAUUUCUGACACCAGUCCAUUCAUUUGUACUCCAUAAGGGCAGUGAACAGUUCUUGGAGAGGUAGAGAGUCAGACCGUUGCCAGUGUCACAGUGUUGAACACGAAUCCACACACACAUCUGGUCUCUGGUCCUGAUUUGCCUUGAUUAACGUCAACUAGAAAUCCUUAGCAGACCUCUCAAGUGGUGACAGGUUACUGCCCAGAGCCAGCCCUGUGCGUAUGCGCAUCUCGUGUGUGUACACAAUUAUUUUUGGUAUUUGUACAGUGUGUUUGAGUUUGAGGCUGCGCGUGUGUAGGCCAUAGUAUUUGGGGUCUUUUUGAAAUGUGAGAAUGACAGACAUUAAUAUUAAUCUGUAAAUAUGUCGAGCAUGAAUCUCUCCACCAUACUGUUUCUGUGUGUUUCCAUUUGUGUACCUGUCUGCCUGGGUUGGUUUGUAAAGUGUGUGUGUGUGUGUGUGUGUGUUAUACAGUGUGAAUGGCGAUGCAGUGUGGAAUAAGCUCUUCUGUCACUGUUCUGGGGCCUGCCUUGUGGUGGGAUCUGUUUCUGAUUCACUCACACGCACCCAUGUCGCUUCACUUUCAGUGGUCAGGAGGAAUAUCCUCUCUCUCUCUCUCUCUCUCUCUCUCUCUCUCUCUCUCUUUCUCUGACAAUCACAUCACUGAUGGCUCUGUAUAUGUGGUUUAACUGAACCCUUUCCUGUAGCACCAGGCCAAACCAUGAAAUGGGGAGCAUAUGAGUUACGCUGCAGCCCUAAUGGACGGGAUUAAAUGCCGUUUAUGACCAUAUUAUGAUCACAGUGUAGUUCCCCUGCUGAUUCUGGCCAACAGGGAUUCUUCAGACUCGUACAAACUCACUGCUAGCUUAUGUUCUGCAGCCAAACCCACAAUGGGCCUUUUUUUAAAGUGUUUCAAAAAGGAAAAACGAUGUAGAAUGUGGUGGAAAGAUGAUGAUCUCUUCUCUUUCUUUCUUUCUCCCUCUUUCUUUCUUUUCCCCUCUCUUCCCCUCUCUCUCUCCCUCCUCCCCCCCCGCCCGCCCAGGUGAAGCUGACCCUGGAGACAGCCAGUCCAGGAGGACCAGGGGAGGGGGGUGUGGACGUGUCCUCUGCCCCCAGGCUCAAGCCCUCUCCCCCAGUCAGCCAGCUGGUACGCCUGCUGUGGGGCGAGGACACGGUGGAGCUCCAGAUGUCUAUAGGACACAUCCCUCACAUCGUCAUGUACCUGUCUCUCAAACUGGAUUCAGACUCCCCCCUGGAAGAGGUCAGUUCAGUAGGUCUCAGAAAUGGCACCCUAUUCCCUAUGUAGUGCACUACUUUUGACCAGAUCCCAUAGGUAAAGUGUAGGACUGGAGGUACGGUAAUCUGAUCUACGGUCUGAGGUUAAAGGUAACCUCUACCUUGAUAUUUCUUUACAUUCACCAACGCAAAUCUACAUUAAAGGUGCAAUCCGUAAGUUUUGUCACCCCAUCUGCAAGUCGAGAUAGUACGAAAACAUUCGACCAAGAAGCAAAACCAGAAAUUAAAUGUACUUAUUGUGCCUCUAACUGUAGUUCAAUGUUAGCUAAGUGCUUUCUUGAGUCCCAGUGAAAAUCACCUCAUGGGUACAAUACAUUUUUCUACAGUCAAUGAAUGAGUACUUAACUGCAUUAAGAGUAAUUAAAUGUUUUAAAAAAAUACCCAUGUGUAGGAAAUCCCUAGCGCAGCACUUAAAAAGCUUGUUGGCACACUCUGUGUUUUCUGACACAAAGCAGAAGCUUUAGAGAACAGAACUACUGCUCUGGUAGGCUUCCAGAUCAAGGGCCUUUGGCUCUUUAUAACUAACAUCCAAAAUGUGCACACACACACACACACACACACACACAGUGGAAAAAUAGAAACAGGAGAACAGGAGAAAGAUGUGAAGAAUAAAGUUAGUUCCUCUUGAUAAUAUCUCCCUUGAUAAUACAUAACCAUUACAUUAGUAAUGGGAUAAAUAAAUACCAAUAAUUGCACAAGGAUUGAAUUGAUUAACGUUAGUUUCACUGACUUCAAUAAAAUACAUUAAUUGGAUUAUAUAACGCUUUUCCAAGUGCUCAAAGUGUUUUACAUUGUAAGGGGGUGAACUCACACCUCAUAGAUACAUAAUAUUAAUUUAUACUUUUUGGGCCAGUUUUCCGCACACAGAGCAAGGCUCAAUAGACAAAGUCUAGUAAUAAACCUAAGCCUAAACUGUGUCCGGGAAACUGUCCCUUUAGCUUUGCGGAAGAAAGCCACGCUGGAGCAGACUCAGCAGAGGUCAGAGGACAGUGGACCUGUAGUGAAGGGCUAUGUUUUCUUGCUCUGUGGGAAAGUAAAGUACACUGAACAAAAAUAUUAAUGCAACAUGUAAAGUGUUUCAUGAGCUGAAAUAAAAGAUCCCAGACAUUUUCCAUACGCACAGAAAGCUAAUUUCUCUCAAAUUGUGUGCACAAAUUUGUUUACAUCCCUGUUAGUGAGCAUUUCUCCUUUGCCAAGAUAAUCCAUCCACCUGACAGGUGUGGCAUAUAAAAAAGCUGAUUAAACAGCAUGAUCAUUACACAGGUGCACCUUGUGCUGGGGACAAUAAAAGGGCACUCUUAAAUGUGCAGUUUUGUCACACAACACAUGUCACGCCCUGGCUCUGGGGACUCUUUAAUGUUGAGCCAGGGUGUUAGUUCCUAUGUUUAGUUGUUCCUUGUUUUCUGUCUAGAUCGUUUAGAUCUAUGUUGGCCAGGGUGGUUCCCGAUCAGAGGCAGCUGUUGCUCGUUGUCUCUGAUUGGGAACCAUACUUAGGCAGCCUGUUUUGCACAGUUGUUUGUGGGAUCUUGUUCUGUAUAGGUUUGUGUUGGUGAACCUUUAGACUUCACGUAUCGUUUUGUUUGUUGGUGUAAAGUACUCAUUAAAAGAUGUACGCCUAUCACGCUGCGCCUUGGUCUGCCUCUAAUAACGAUCGUGACAACACAAUGCCACAUAUGUCUCAAGGUUUGAGAGAGCGUGCAAUUGGCAUGCUGACUGCAGGAAUGUCCACCAGAGCUGUUGCCAGAUAAUGUAAUGUUAAUUUCUCUACCAUAAGCCGCCUCCGUUGUUUUAGAGAAUUUGGCAGUACGUCCAACCGGCCUCACAACCGCAGACCACUUGUAUGGUGUCGUGUGGGCGAGCGGUUUGCUGAUGUCAACGUUGUGAACAGAGUGCCCCAUGGUGGCAGUGGGGUUAUGGUAUGGGCAGGCAUAAGCUACGACAACUAACACAAGUGCAUUUUAUCGAUGGCAAUUUGAAUGCACAGAAAUACCGUGAUGAAAUCCUGAGGCCUUUUUUUUUUAAAGGUAUCUGUGACCAACAGAUGGAUAUCUGUAUUUCCAUUCAUGUGAAAUCCAUAGAUUAGGGCCUAUUUUAUGUAUUUCAAUUGACUUAUUUCCUCAUAUGAAUUGUAACUCAGUAGAAUCCUUGAAAUUGUUCCAUGUUGCGCUUAUAUUUUUGUUCAGUAUAGUAGCUACACUUAAUUUCAGGAUCGUGUCGAGUCACAGAUCUGGGGAAGUGUACCAAAACAUUUCUGCAGCAUUGAAGGUCCCCAAGAACAUAGUGGCCUCCAUCAUUCUUAAAUGGAAGAAGUUUGGAACCACCAAGACUCUUCCUAGAGCUGGCCGCCCGGCCAAACUGAGCAAUCGGGGGAGAAGGGCCUUGGUCAGGGAGGUGACCAAGAACCCGAUGGUCACUCUGACAGAGCUCCAGAGUUCCUCUGUGGAGAUGGGAGAACCUUCCAGAAAGACAACCAUCUCUGCAGCACUUCACCAAUCAGGCCUUAAUGGUAGAGUGGCCAGAUGGAAGUCACUCAAUAAAAGGCACAUGAAAGCCUGCUUGGAGUUUGCUAAAAGGCACCUAAAGUUGUCUCGGACCAUGAGAAACAAGAUACUCUGGACUGAUGAAACCUAGAUUGAACUCUAUGGCCUGAAUUCCAAGCGUCAUGUCUGGAGGAAACCUUGCACCAAUCCCUACGGUGAAGCAUUGUGGUGGCAGCAUCAUGUUUGUGGGGGGGGUGGGGGGGGGGGGGGGGGGGGGGGGGGGGGGGGGAGAGACUAGACAGGAUCGAGGGGAAGAUGAACGGAGCAAAGUACAGAGAGAUCCUUGAUGAAAACCUGCUCCAGAGCGCUCAGUACCUCAGACUGGGGCGAAGGUUCACCUUCCAACAGGACAACGACCCUAAGCCCACAGCCAACACAAUUGAGGAGUGGCUUCGGGACAACUCUCGGAAUGUCCUUGAGUGGCCCAGCCAGAGCCCGGACUUGAACCCGAUGAAUCUCUUGAGAGACCUGAAAUAGCUGUGCAGCGACGCUCCCCAUCCAACCUGACAGCACUUGAGACGAUCUGCAGAGAAGAAUGGGAGAAACCUCCCCAAAUACAUGUGUGCCCAAGCUGUAGCGUCAUACCCCAGAAGACUCGAGCUGUAAUCGCUGCCAAAAUUGCUUCACCCACGUUACUGAGGUAAAGGUCUGAAACUAUGUAAAUAUCCUAUUUCCGUUUUUUUUUUUUAAACAAUUUGCAAACAUUUCUAAAAAAAACCCCGGUUUUUGCUUAGUCAUAUGGGUAUUGUGUGUAAGAUUGAUGAGGGGGAAAAAACUGUAACGUUACAAAAUGUGGGAAAAGCAGAGUGGUCUGAAUACUUUCCGAAGCACUGUAUACUUUAUUUAUAAUACACUGUAAUCUUAAGGAAUGAAGGUCAUGGGAUCUCUCUCUCUCUCCUUCUCUCUCUCCUCCUUCCUCACCUCCUCUCUCUCUCAUCUCUCUCUCUCCCUCGUCUCUCUCUCUCUCCUGCUCUCUCUCAUCUUUCUCGCCUCCUCUCUCCUCUCCUCUCUCUCCCUCACCUCUCUCUCUCCUGUCUCUCCUCUCUCCUUCUCGUUCUCUCUCCUCUCCCUCUCCCGCCUUCUCUCUCAUCCCUCCGAUUCUCUCACUCGUUCUCCUCUCUCUCUCUCUCUCUGAUCUCCCCCUUUCUCGUCUUCUUCUUCAUCUCUCUCGAUGUCACCUCUGCGCUGACAGGUGAAAGUCCUCGGACCAGAUUUCUCUCAUCGUCUCUCAUUCCUUGCUUCUCUUCGGUCUCUUCAGCAUCUCUCUCGUCUCUCUCUCUCUCUCCGCUGCAUCGAGUCUGCCAUCUGAAUUCAGCGAGCCAUAAUCUCUCUCUCUGCUGCUUCUCCAGACUCAGUCCAUCUCUCGUUCAUCGUCCUCUCCUCUCUACCUCGCAGCUGUGCAUGGCUCUGGCCUCAUCUCACUAACUGCCAUCUGCUUUUCUCUCUCUCCCUUGAGAAACCAGAUAUUCUACUCUCUACAUCCUCUCCUCCGUCUCUGCAUCGUGGGGUCACUCCCUCCAUCUCGUCGUCUCGUUCUCCUCCUCUCUCUCUCUCUCUCUCUCUCCUCUCAAUGCAGACGUUGAUGUUUUCUUACUGUAUUUCUGCGGGCCUUCUCUUCCAGGCCACGGGUGGGAGAAGGAGAGGGCGUGAACUUGGAAGUCGAUGCCACAUCAGCUAGUUGGCAGGCAUCCAUGUUUUUUAAAUGACAGCAUAGUGCACCAUUUUUUUUGUUAGUCCGCCGAUUUUACAGUAGGAGAAAUGACAGAAGUUGUUGUGUGUAGCCGGCCAUGUAGCCUGUGUGUGUGCAUUUUGAAAUCUGUGUUUGUGUUUCUGUGGGUAGGCGCACACACACAGUGUGAGUGUUCUAUAUUUAGUUUCAUGGAAGAAGAAGGACUUGACAGACGAAAGCAAUAUGGUGGAAGCUGAUCGUUAGGUCAGAACAAUAACAGAGGCACCUUGAAGACUGUGCUGGAUAGAAAUGUUUGUUACUAGGAAACUAAUCAUACAGUGCCUUGCAAAAGUAUUCACCCCCCUUGGCGUCUUUCCUAUUUUGUUGCAUUACAACCUGUAAUUUAAAUUGAUUUUUAUUUGGAUUUCAAUGUAAUGGACAUACACAAAAUAGUCCAAAUUGGUGAAGUGAAAUGCAAAAAAUAACUUGUUUAACAAAAUCCUUAAAAAAAAAUAACGGAAAAGUGGUGUGUGCAUAUGUAUUCACCCCCAUUAUAAUAUCUGGUGCAACCAAUUACCUUCAGAAGUCACAUAAUUAGUUAAAUAAAGUCCACCUGUGUACAAUCUAAGUGUCACAUUAUCUGUCACAUGAUCUCAGUGUAUAUAUAGAACUGUUCUGAAAGGCCCCAGAGUCUGCAACACCACUAAGCAAGGGGCACCACCAAGCAAGCGGCACCAUGAAGACCAAGGAGCUCUCCAAACAGGUCAGGGACAAAGUUGUGGAGAAGUACAGAUCAGGGUUGGGUUAUAAAGAAAUAUCCGAAACUUUGAACAUCCCACCCUUAAAUCCAUUAUAAAAAAAUUGAAAGAAUAUGGCACCACAACAAACCUGCCAAGAGAGGGCCGCCCACCAAAACUCACAGACCAGGCAAGGAGGGCAUUAAUCAGAGAGGCAACAAAGAUACCAAAGAUAACCCUGAAGGAGCUGCAAAGCUCCACAGUGGAGAUUGGAGUAUCUGUCCAUAGGACCACUUUAAGCCGUACACUCCACAGAGAUGGGCUUUACGGAAGAGUGGCCAGAAAAAAAGCCAUUGCUUAAAGAAAAUAAUAAGCAAACAAGUUUGGUGUUCGCCAAAAGCCAUGUGGGAGACUGAGCUUUUUGGCCAUCAAGGAAAACGUUAUGUCUGGCGCAAACCCAACACCUCUCAUCACUCCGAGAACACCGUCCCCACAGUGAAGCAUGGUGGUGGUAGCAUCAUGCUGUGGGGAUGUUUUCAUCGGCAGGGACUGGGAAACUGGUCAGAAUUGAAGGAAUGAUGGAUGGAGCUAAAUAUAGGGACAUUCUUGAGGGAAACCUGUUUCAGUCUUCCAGAGAUUUGAGACUGGGACGGAGGUUCACCUUCCAGCAGGAAAAUGACCCUAAGCAUACUGCUAAAGCAACACUCGAGUGGUUUAAGGUGAUACAUUAAAAUGUCUUGGAAUGGCCUAGUCAAAGCACAGACCUCAAUCCAAUUGAGAAUAUGUGGUAUGACUUAAAGAUUGCAGUACACCAGCGGAACCCAUCCAUCUUGAAGGAGCUGGAGCAGUUUUGCCUUGAAGAAUGAGCAAAAAUCCCAGUGGCUAGAUGUGCCAAGCUUAUAGAGACAUACCCCAAGAGACUUUCAGCUAUAAUUGCUGCAAAAGGUGGUUCUACAAAGUAUUGACUUUGGGGAGGUGAAUAGUUAUGCAUGCUCAGGUUUUCUGUUUUUUGUCUUAUUUCUUGUUUGUUUCACAAUAACAAAUAUUUUGCAUCUUCAAAGUGGUAGGCAUGUUGUGUAAAUCAAAUGAUACAAACCCCCCAAAAAUCCAUUUUAAUUCCAGGUUGUAAGGCAACAAAAUAGGAAAAAUGCCAAGGGGGGUGAAUUAUUUCGCAAGCCACUAGUUUCAGUGCCUUAGGGGUAUACUACAAAGCAGGAUCAAGGAGUUAGCCAGCUAACUUGCCUGAAUAUAACUUUGUCUGUGGUACGAGUUGUUGGUGUGUUAUUGACCCACAGGUGAAUGUCUGGCAUUUUAAGGAUUCUCCCAGCUUUUGUCCUUGUUUCCCCUCCCCUCGGCCCCUGUCCAAAGUGGUCGGCCCAACCUCCCCCGGCUCUCUCCUGAAGUGGUCCGCUCCACAACCUUCAUAGCAGACAGCAUGUUGUGGAGAAUACUAAUAUCAAAGACAAUACAGGGAACCUGCCCUGUGCUCUCUCUUCUCUAACAGACUGUCUGUCUGUGUGUGUACCUCCAUGUACCUCCUCAGCAGGAGAUCCUGUACCAGUACCCAGUGUCUGAGGCAUCCAGCCAGCUGAAGGGAGUCAGAGGGAUCUUCCUUACUCUGUCUGACAUGCUGGAGAAUGUCACCGGGGGACAGAUAGUCAGGUAAACAAAGUUUGUACAAUCAUAUACAUAUUGUGGGAGCUCAGUAAGAUUUCCACGGAAAUAAAAAAAAUGUCCACUCACUGUUUGCCGUGGCCUCCAAAAGUACUGAAUAACUUUAUUGGGAACAGCAAAUAGAGGGUUAGGUUAGUCAGGUAAGACUACCACAGCGGUAGAGUGAAUAUACAAAGCCCCAAUUAAAUAUAGCUAACUACUAAAAAUUGAAAUUCCAUCCAUUCAUGCCAUGAUUUAUAUUUCUCCUCUUGCUCUCUUUUCUCCUGCACCUGUUCUUCCUCCCGCUUUCCUCUCCUCCUCUCCCAUGUCUCCCCCUCUUUUUUUCUGUGCUCUAACCUUCUGCCUUCUCUUCUCCUCCCCUCCCCCUCCUCUUCUGUCUCAUUCCCCCUCUUUUUUUCUCUGCACUCUACCCAUCUUCUCUUCUUCUUUUGUCCUCCUCCUCCUCCCCUCCCUCCCCCUCCUCAGCUCGUCUCUCUUGCUCAGUAAACAGCUGGUCCAUGUGGGCUACUGGAAGGAGAGCAACAACCUGCUGGUGAUCGGCCUGCCUGCUGAGAGGUACCGUCUCAGUCAAUCCCAUGUGUCAGCUAAAUGUUAUAGCUUUUCUUGACCAUGUGCCCUAAUAAUAGGUGUUUGAUGUCCUCCUCCUCGUUGACUGUGUGUUGUGUUCUCAUGUUUCCUCCAGGGUUCCUCUGCUCUCUCUGCCGACGGUAGUGGGAGGUGUGGUCAGGACACUCAACGUGAUGUACGGCUCUCUGGGCAGGUCUGUUGACAAUCUCCAGUCCUGGUCACGGACUAGGGAUGCAUCCUAAAUUUGACCAAAAGUAGUGCACUAUGUAGGGAAUAGGGUGCCAUUUCGGAUGCAUAUGUUUGAUUUCCUGGUUCAAGCUGUCCCAGUCUUUCUGGCUUCCUGUUUGAAGAAAGAUAAUUUAUACUGUUAUAUUACAUCAAACCUAAAUAGGCUGUUGCCUUUUUUACACUUCUUUCUUUCCCUCAAUCUCUCCCUCUGUCCCUCCCUCCAACUCUUCCCUCCCUCCCUCCACCUCCCUCCCUCUCCACCUCCCUCCCCUCCCUCCCUCCUCCUCUCUCCCCACCCUCCCCUCCCUCCCCCUCCUCUCUCCUCUUCCUCCCUCCCCCUCCCCCGUCCAUCCUCCACAUCUCAUCCCUCCCAUCCCCUCCCUCCCUCCCUCCUCUCUCCCUCCCCCAUCUCUCCCUCCAUCUCUCUCCCUCCCUCCCGCCCUUUCCCUCACGCCCUCCCUCCCUCCGCGCCUCCCUCCUCCUCCCCCUUCCGCAUCCAUCCCACGCCCCGUUCCCUCCCUCCUCACCUCUUCCCUCCCUCCCUCCCCCCUCUUUUUCCCCCUCCCUCCCUCCCCCUCUUCCCUCCCUCUCUCCACCUCUUCCCUCAACACAACAUCUCGCCCUCCUCCCUCCCUCUCUCCCUCCCCCACCUCCUCCCUCCUUCCUCCCUCCUAUUCCCUUAAGCCCUCCCUUCGCCCGCCUCUCUCCUCUCUCCUCCCUCCUCCCUCCCCCUUGGCCUUCGCCUCCCUCCUAUCCUCUCCGCCCGUCCCCCCCUCUCCUCCCUCUCUCCUCCCUCCCUUCCUCCCGUCCCUCCCCCCUCCCUCCCGCCUCUCUGCCCUCCUCUCUCCCUCCGCCUCCUCUCAAUCUCUCCAUCCUACCUCUAUGAUCCUCUCCCUCACCUACCCUCCCUCUUCCUCACCUCCGCCUCCCUCCCUCCCUUCCUCUGGUCCUCUUCCCCUCGCUCACUCUCGCUCCCCUCCCCUCCUUCUUCGUCUCCGCCUCCCCGCUCCCUCCUUUCCUCCUCUCUUUCCCUCCCUGCCCUCCCUCUCUCCCUGCCCCUUCCCUCUCUCUCUCCCCCUUCCUCCUCUCUGCCCUCGCCCCCUCGCCCUCUCCCUCCUCCGCUCUCUCUCCCGUCCGUCACCUCCCCCACCCCCCCUAUCACUCUCCCUCCCUCUUCUCCGCUCCUCCCUCCCUCCCACCUUCCCUCCCUCCCUCCCCUUCCUUUCCCUCCCUCCCCCUCUCCCUUCCCCAUCCUCCCCGCAUUCUUCCCCUCCCUCUCUCCACCAUCUGUUCCCCUCCAUCUCUCCACCUCUUUCCCUCCAUCUCGCCCUCCCUCCCUCCCUCCAUCCAUCUCUCCGCCCUCCCUCCCUCCCUCCCUCCCUCCAUCCAUCUCAUCUCGCCCUCCAUCCGUCCCUCCCUCCCUCUGCCCUCCGUCCCUCCCUCCUCCCUCCCUCCAUCUCUUCUCCUCACCCAUCUCUCCCUCCAUCCCUCCAUCUCUCUCUCCCUCCGUCCCUACCCUCCCUCCUCCCUCCUCCCUCCCCCCUCCCUCCCUCUCCUCCCUCCCUCCCUCCCAUCCCCUCCCUCCAUCCCUCCCUCCCCUCCCUUCAUCCUCCAUCCUCUCUCUCCUCCAUCUCCCCCCCUCUCUCCCAUCUCUCACUCUCCCUCCCUCCCCCCCUCCAUCUCUCUCCUCAAAGAAAAAAACAAAACUCCCUCCCCCCAAUCCCUCCAUUUCGCCUUCCUCCCUCUCGCCCUCAUCGGCCCUCACCCUCCCUCCCCCCCUCCCCCUCCCUCCAUCUCUCCCCUCCCUCCCCCUCCCCUCCCUCUCUCCCUCCCUCCCCCCUCCCUCCCCAUCUCUCCUCCCCCCUCCCUCCCACUCUCCAUCUCUCUCCUCCCUCCUCCCCCUCCCUCCCUCCCGCCCUCGCCGGCAUCCUCCCUCCCUCCCUCCCUCACCUCCCUCCCCUCUCUCCCUCCCUUCUCUCCUCCUGCCUCCUAGCCCCCUCUCUCUCUCUCUCUCCUCCUCCCUCCCUCCUCCCUCCAUCUCUCCCUCCCUCUCUCCAAUCUCUCCCCUCGCCUCGCUCCUCUCUCUCUCUCCCUCCUUCCCUCCCUCCCGCCUCUACUCUCCCUCCCUCUCCCUCCUCUCUCUCUCUCUCUCGUCGCCCCUCCCCCUCCUCUACUCCCUCUCUCUCCCCUCCCUCUCUCCGCCUCCCGUCUCAAUCUCCUCCCUCCCUCGGUCUUCGUUCCCUCCUUCCCUCCGCCCGUCGCCUCACCUCUCCUCCCUCCCUUCCCAUCCUCCCUCCCUCUCCUCCCGCCCGCCCUCCCAUCUCGUCCUCCCUCCCUCCCGCACCCUCCUCUCUCUCGCACUUGCCUCCCUGCCCUCCUCCUCUCCCCUUCCUGCCCAUCCCUCCCCCGUGUCCCUCUCAUCCUUCCCUAGCCCCCUUCCCUCUGCUCCUGACACCUCCGCGCGUUACCUCGUCUCCCGUCCCGUCCCUCCCUCCCAUCCCUCCCUCUUCUCCGUCCCUGCAUCUACUCCUCCCCUCCCUCCUCCCUCCCCUCGCCUCCCUCCCUCUCUCUCUCUCGUCCUCCUCUACCCUCCUCUCCCCCUCUCCCCUCACGUCAGGUUACAGUCUCUCCCUCUCCUCCUGUCCCGAACUCCGCUCCCCCUAUCCCAGUCCCACUCGCUCUCAGUCUCGUCCCUCUCCUCUCUCACCUUCUCUUCUCUCAUCUCGCUCUCCCUCACCUCUCUACCCUGCUCUCUCCCUCUCCCGUCCCUCUCUCCGUCUCAUGAAUCCCGCCCCUCUCUCUCCCUCUCUCAGACUCAUAACUGCGCCUGGACUCUCUCUGCCCCGGCACCUCUCUCUCGUUUCUCUGCCUCGUCGCUCCCUCGCCUCCCCCCUCGUUAAUUUCCCUGGUCUAUCCUCUCCUCCACAGUGCGUUCUGCCAGGCGGACCACGCCCCCAGACUGGACCAUUUCUUCUGCCUGUUCUUCCAGCAGCUGAUCCAGCCCUCCAGGUUGAGUGACAGCUCUGUGGCCAUGCUCCCUGACGUCUCAGGGACUCUCUUCCUGGACGGACUGCCGGCGGUUCGGUGGCUCACCCUGCCUCCUGAGAUAAAGGUCUGGAUGGGCCACAGCUUCGGGCCAUGAAUGUGAUGAAACACUUUUAGGAACUCCUGUUCAUUUGUAUCUUACCCAUUUGGUGUUUGUGCUUUCUCAUGUUUUAACUACCGUUCUUGUUCUAUGAAAGUGUUUUAGACUCAAGUCAGUGAUAAGUUUAGGAAUUUGCUCUUGCUAUAAUAUGAAUGAGAUUUUUUCCAUCUUGAUCAGGGAUGGGCAACUCCAGUCCUCUGGGGCCAGUGGUGUCACUCUUUUUACUCCAUCCCUAGCAAAACACAGCUGAUUAAACUAAUUGCAUUCUAAACUGAAAAUCAUGAUUAUUUGAUUAUUGGAGUCAGGUGUGUUAUCUGGGGCAAAAGUGUGACACCAAUCAGGCCCCGAGGACUGACGUUGCCCAUCUAUGAUCUUGAUGGACGUCUUUAUCGAUUUCUGUCUCAUCUUUGCUGCCCUCUGCUGUCUAGCGGUAAAAAAUGACAAGUGGUCCUGCUAGACUCUUUUCCAUGUCUAGAUGCUCCAGAGCAUGGUUGACUCUGCAGCCGUUGUUAAUGCAGAAAUAAGUCACUACGUCUGUGAUGUAGAAUUACAAUUGUAUGUCAGAAUUCUACUGAUCGUCUCUGAUCAUCUGUUUAGGCCCCGUGUAGCUCAGUUGGUAGAGCAUGGCGCUUGCAACGCCAGGGUUGUGGGUUCGUUUCCCACGGGGGGCCAGUAUGAAAAAAAACAAGCAAAAAAAAAAAUACAUGUAUGCACUCACUGUAAGUCGCUCUGGAUAAGAGUGUCUGCUAAAUGACUAAUAUGUAAUAUGUAUCCACAGAUGGAGGUUGACACUGUUCUCUCAGACUUUGAAUCAUCAGAUUUUGGAGAAAUGGUAAGUCAAAUCGUUACACAGGGCUUUGGUCAAAGCAGUGCACUUUAUGGGAAGUAGGGUGCCAUUUCAGACGCAGAGAAGGUCCAAUCCUUAUCCCCAUUCCCAUUAGACAGAGCCACCAGCUGGCUCCUUCCCUCUGUAGGGCGUAGUCGUGACAGGAGAAGGUGGAUCUAUUUCUGGACCUGCCUGUGUAUAUUUAAUGAGCCAGUAAUGGAGGAUGAGAUCAUCUUUAUACCUGCGUCCUUAAAUUAAGCAGGGCUGAGAGAGCGGGAGAGAGAGGGAGGAUAGAGCAGCAGGCUACUUAAUCAUUAAUGUCUGAACUUCUAAAACUGAUAAUGGAGAUAGUCCUCUCUCUCUUUCUCCCUCUCUCUCUCUUUCUCGUAGUCAGAGGACUUCUAUGGCAUGAGGCGUCUCUACGUGACACUGGGUUCCUGUCUGUUCUACAAGGUGAGUGUCACAUACACCUGUCUGCUGGAGCUCUCUCCUUUCCACACACACCUGGGCCCACGGUGAAACCUGACACCUCACAAAAGGGACAGACUGACACCCUUGGAUGGAUAGGAAGGAAGAGCCAGUUAAAAAUGUGAUUAUAUAGAUAUCAUAUCAUCACCCAGGAUGUACUUCUUAAUUCCCUGGAUGUCACACCAUCAGCCUAACAACUAAUGCUGAAACGCCAUCAGCCUAACAACUAAUGCUGAAACGCCAUCAGCCUAACAACUAAUGCUGAAACGCCAUCAGCCUAACAACUAAUGCUGACAUAUGAACGAUGCGUAGAAUUAUAUCGUUCAGUAGACUCCAGUCUCCAUCCUCAUCAGCUUUAGUGUAAAGAAAGUGUGGCACUCUAAUAAUAUGAACACUAUUUUAUAUUAAUUGUGUUAUCUGUGCAUGUGCGUGCGUUCUUUCGUUCCUGUGUGUGUGUGUGGUGGGGGGGGGGGGGUUCUCUGUGUCUCUGUCUGUCUACGUGUGUGUGUGUGUGUGUGUGUGUAUUUGUUCCUGUGGGUGUGUGUUCUCCGUCUCUCUACAGGGCUACCUGAUAGCCAACCACCUCCCCAAGGAAGAUCUGCUGGACGUGUGUCUGUACUGCCAGCACUACUGUCUCCUCCCACCCUGGCUGCAGAGCAGCGCGUGGGCCAGCUGGUCAUCUGGAGAGAGGUGUUCCCACGACACCGCACCCAGAACCACCAGACCCAGACCCAUCAGACCAAUAGCAACCACUGUACCAGGCCAGGCUACUGCCAGCCACAGGGACGCUACUUCCUGCUCAUAGUGGGACUGGUAAGAUCGUUGUAUUAAAUAGAACACUACAAUGGAUAUUGGUAUCCCGGCAACAGCACUAAAAUGACAGCCAUCUUGGUCUGGAAAGCUUUCAUUCUAGAAACAUAUUAUUUUCUUCUGCAUUACUAAAAGGAAUACAUAAUUUCCUCUCUGCCUCUCCUGACAUUUAAUCCAGUUAGACUUGAUCCCUGACCAAGGUGGCUGCCAUUAUCAACUUAAACUCCUAUAACCUAUUCCAUCUGUCAAUGAGUUGACCCUUUUCCUCCCAGACACUUCUGUGAACCCACACAUUCUCUCUCCUUCUCCCCCAGAGGCACUUCAUGCAGUGCGUCCUCCUGGAGGCGGGGGGCUGUGCGGCCCCUGCCCUGGGGGCCCCGAGGCCUGACUGCGUGUACGUGGACCAGGUCAAGGCCACCCUCCUGCAACUGGAGGGGCUGGACGUAGGGAUGGAGGAACGCCUGGCCGCACCGCCCGCACCCUGCCUCUCCUGUGCAGACUGGUUCCUCCCCUCCUCCGCCCGGACAGGUUCGUUUUAGUUUAGUAGUUAAGUUUAGUUUGUUAAGUUGAAUUUGUUGUAAAGUAUUUCACUUUAGUUAGUAGUUACGUUUAGUUUAGUAGUAAAACACACAUACAAAUGUAGGAUCUUAAUUUGAGCCAGUUUGCUACAGCAGGAAAAUAAGUUUGCAGCAACAAGAAAUGGGAAUUAUAUUAAUAAUUAAUAAUAAUUAAUAAUAUAAUUAAUGGACAUUUUUGUAGGGGUUGAUACCUUUUUCGUAAGGGAAAAUCAAGUCUGAAAUUUCAAAGUGGAAAUUACAAACUUCAGAAGCCUUUUUAAACCUGAAAUACGGUGCUUUCGGAAAGUAUUCAGACCCCUUCACUUUUUCCACAUUUUGUUACGUUACAGCCUUAUUCUAAAAUGUAUUAAAUACUUUUUUCCCUCAAUCUACACACAAUACCCCAUAAUGACAAAGUGAAAACAGGUUUGUAAACAUUGUUUGCAAAUGUAUUAAACAGAAACAACAACCUUAUUUAGAUAAGUAUUCAGACCCUUUGCUUUGAGACUCGAAACUGAGCUCAGGUGCAUCCUGUUUCCAUUGAUCAUCCUUGAGAUGGAGUCAACCUGUGGUAAAUUCAAUUAAUUGGACAUGAUUUGGAAAGACACACACCUGUCUAUAUAAGGUCCCAAAGUUGACAGUGCAUGUCAGAGCAAAAACCAAACCAUGAGGUCGAAGAAAUUGUCCGUAGAGCUCCAAGACAGGAUUGUGUCAAGGCACAGAUCUGGGGAAGGGUACCAAAAAAUGUCUGCAGCAUUGAAGGUCCCCAAGAACACAGUGGCCUCCAUCAUUCUUAAAUGGAAGAAGCUUGGAACCAUCAAGAAACUGAGCAAUCGGGGGAGAAGGGCCUUGGUCAGGGAGGUGACCAAGAACCCGAUGGUCACUCUGACAGAGCUCCAGUUCCUCUGUGGAGAUAGGAGAACCUUCCAGAAGGACAACCAUCUCUGCAGCACUCCACCAAUCAGGCCUUUAUGGUAGAGUGGCCAGACGGAAGCCACUCCUCAGUAAAAGGCACAUGACAGCCCGCUUAGAGUUUGCCAAAAGGCACCUAAAGGAGUCUCGGACCAUGAGAAACAAGAUUCUCUGGUCUGAUUAAACCAAGAUUGAACUCUUUGGCCUGAAUUCCAAGCGUCACGUCUGGAGGAAACCAGGCACCGCUCAUCACCUGACCAAUACCAUCUCUAUGGUGAAGCAUUGUGGUGGCAGCAUCAUGCUGUGGGGAUGUUUUUCAGUGGCAGGGACUGCGAGACUAGUCAGGAUCGAGGGAAAGAUGAACGGAGCAAAUUGACCUGAAAAUAGCUGUGCAGCAACGCUCCCCAUCCAACCUGACAGAGCUUGAGAGGAUCUGCAGAGACGAAUGGGAGAAACACCCCAAAUACAGGUGUACCAAGCUUGUAGCGUCAUACCAAGAAGACUCUAGGCUGUAAUCGCUGCCAAAGGUGCUUCAACAAAGUACAGAGUAAAGGGUCUGAAUACUUAUGUAAAUGUCAUAAAAACCUGUUUUUGCUUUGUCAUUAUGGGGUAUUGUGCGUAGAUUGAUGAGGGGAAAAAACUAUUUAAUCAAUUUUAGAAUAAGGCUGUAACGUAACAAAAUGUGGAAAAAGUGAAAGGGUCUGAAUACUUUCCGAAUGCACUGUACACUGCAAGUUUUACAUUUCCUGCAUUGCAGGAAAGUUCUCCUGCAACAGGGUGAUCAAAUUAAGAUCCGACAUUGGUACAAAAUCUACCUAAAUAAAAUCAUCCAGGAUGAGACAAAAAGGUCAGAAAACUUACUUCCAUUGUGGUCCUCAGGUUGGACACCAUGGCCGCAUCGUCCCCUGUCUUCAGUAAACUGGCCGGGGCUGUGAAGCCACAGUCCUCUGCCCAGGGAGGGGGGAAGGGAGUGGGCAGGAGCCUCUUCGGAGGGGGUGCCCGGAGACCUAGCCCCCAGAGGAGUCAGUCGGACAGUGGGAGCGAGGGACAGCCGGAGGGGGGUGUAGGAGGGCAGACGGGGCUCAGUCCACACUCCACCCCAGACUCAGCCAGGAAGCUGGGUGGGCGGAGAGACUCACUGGGUUCUGGUGGAUCUGAAGGGAGUGGAGGCAGUGGAAGUAUUUUCAAGGUAGCGUCAUAACUUUCCUUCCCCCUUGCUAAGGUUCCAUCACCUGUAUUGACUUUGAUACAUUACAUUUGGUACACACGCAUACACCACUAGGAGAAAGGAGAGUUUUUAGUGAGCACAGUAUGCAUGGGACUCUAUGGCUUUUGUCAUUUACCAAUGGACCUUUUUAUUGUUUAUUUGUCCCCCUAGAUUCCCAGGAUGAAGCACCCUAACCCGUUCUACCUGGGCACCCUGAAGAAGAGUCUGACAGAGAGAGAGACAGAGGAGAUGUACCACACUAUUAAGUGAGUGACACAGGCCAGCAGUGUUAGAAGUUAGUUUAUCCUUCCUUGUUGUAAUAAUGCUCUAACCCCCCAUUCCAUUCAAUCUCAUUCUAUUCCAUUCCAUUAUUUUCUAUUCCAUUCCAUUCUCUCUCAUUCUAUUCCAUCGCAUUCCAUUUUUUCUAUUCCAUUCUAUUCCAUUCAUUUCUAUUCCAUCCAUUCUAUACUAUUCUAUCCCAUUCCACUCUCUCUCUGUGCUGUGUUCCCAGGUUGACGUCUGGGGCAGAGAACACUCUGUUCCACUAUGUGCUGAUGGAGACAGUGCAGGGUAUCUUCAUAGCUCCUACACACAGGGAGCUGGCCCAGCUCAGCGGCUCCAUCCACCCUCAGCUCAUACGUAACUUCCACCACUGCUGCCUCUCCAUACGGGCCGCCUUCCAGCAGAGUCUACCGCUCAGGGUGAGAUACAACACACACACAGGCUUGUACAUGCACAUGCACGCACAUACUCACAGACACACUCGUGCGCAUGCUCUCACACACACAGACACACUCACGCUUUCGCUCUCUUUCACACACACAAACACAACACAUCCUCAUAUGUAACAAUGUGUCUGAGUUGUAUACAAAAUAGCCUCGCCGCGAACCAGGUUUCCCUAAAACGGGAAGCCUGGGGAAGUUCCAUGGCAGAAAUCAGCUAAAGAGGGGUCGGAACCCGGUGUAAAUCAGUGAUGCCUCACAACAUGUCAAACCAAUCAAAUUAGUGCUGUAGGAGCAAAAUUUCUCUGUUAUUUCGAGAUGAGCUAAAGCUGCAGCAAGAGGAGAGAAAUGGCUUACAAUGCUGGCCAUAUCAAUAUUUGGCUGUAAAGGCUAGCAUGAGGAACAAGAAGUAGCUUGCCACAAUGCGGUUUGUUUUGAGAAAAGUGAGCUAACCUUGUAAGCUACCUAGGUAUAACUAACUAGCUAGCUACUAGCUUGUUAAAUUUCUCUCACGAUUAUAAAGCCUACACAUUUUUUAUAAAAACAGCAUAUUAUUGACCUAAAAGGUUAGCUGUGUUAGUUAGCCCAGUUGCUAGCUUAUCCAGGGUCAGUGAUACAUAGAGCAACCAUGUGCUGUCUAUCUAUGGGAACAACUGCAAUCAUUUUGCAAGUAACAUUGCUAAAAUGAAUGAAAUAAAAUAAAAUAAACCUCAUAAAAUGUUACCUGUAGGGGUCCUGGGUGGCGCAGCGGUCAAAAGCACUGCACCGCAGGCGAUCCCAGGCUGUUUCACAACCGGCUGUGACCAGGAGCCACAUAGGAUGGCCCGGCGCCGUCCGGGGUAGGGGAGGAUUUCGCCGUUGGGGCUUUUCUUGGUUCAUUGUGCUCUAGCGACUCCUUGUGACAGGACCGGGCGCCUACAAGCUGACUUCGGUGUUUCCUCCGACACAUUGGUGCAGUUGACAUCCGGGUUAAGGGAGCAGUGUGAUAAGAAGUAGGCGGCCAGGCCGGUCAUGUUUCGGAGGACGCACGACUCGACCUUUGCCUCUCCCGAGCCCAUUGAGGAGUUGCAGAGAUAAGCCAAGGGACCUAAUUUGUGGAGAAAACGGGGUAAAACAAAUAUACGCUUGUGGCCUGUUCAGGGCCUGGUUAGUACUGGGAUGGGAGACCGCCUGGGAAUACCAGGUGCCGUAAGCUAAAAAUAAAAACAUACCUGUAGUGCUCAUUCCUGUAAUGGCCAACCUUGCUCCGCUGAUCCCUGAUCUACUGGGUGAGAAGACUUCUAUUCGAGCCCAUCAAUAGAACACUUGAUUAUCAACUCAUUAGAUUUGAUAUGUUGAAUCAGGUGUGUUAUUGCUGGGCUGAAACAGAACCCUGCACACCCAGCAGACCUCCAGCAGGGUUGGCCUGCUCCAAUUCUAAUAGGUUUAUACAUUGUGUGUAAUGUUUAACUGUAUUUUUGUAUACAACAUUUGCUAAUAUGUGGGAUAUACCCUUAGUCUCUUGGGAUAUUCAUUGGGACCUCUCUCUUCAUCUGCAAACAGGCUUUCACAGCUUUCCAUAUCUGAGGACACAAAACAUCACAAAGGUUUCAUUAUACUCAAAUUAGACAGCACUGACUGAAUAUUAUGUUGCUAUUAUCUCUCUGUCCUCAAAGUUGUCCUCUCUAGGGACUGGAACUGGAGAAUAUUUUAGUGUUAGCUGGAGCUGCAAUUUCACCCAUGGCUGUUAUCUACAAAUACAUUUGGAGACUGUGUUUUUAAUGUAUAAUGAUUACAUCAAGAUAGCUAGCUAAUAGGAAGUUAGCUAGUUGAUGACAUUUAAUUAACUUAGCUAAACAGUGUGUAAAGUUAGCUAGCUAGCAGCUCAGUUAAGUUAGCCUACAAAGUGGCCUACUGUAGCCAGCUAGCUAGUGAAUAAUGCUUGUUUUUUAACAUUUAAAACAUGUAUUUACUUACUUGAAUAGGUUCUCCCAUUGCCUCUGUUUUUUUGCUCCUUACAAAAACAAAAUAAUGGGCAGCCAUAAAUGGAGACAAGGAAAAAAGUAAGUUUGUUACCAGAGCGGUUUAGAACGUGCUAGGACGUUUGACUUUACCAGCGUAAUCCACUCUCAAUUUCAAUAUAUAUAAAUCGCAGACAGUGACGCACAUAACACACAGCACCCCUUCUAUGGGCGUGUGGGGGAGGGUUCUUGAAAUGUAACAUCCUAUCAAAAUCUUGCAGCUGGGCGCCAGCAAACCAUUCAAACCGUUUUUGAAAUACAACAUUCUCCAAAACAAAGGUAGUGUGUUUAUGUAUAAAAUCAUAGACUUCUCUCUCUAUAUAUGUGUGUUUAUCUCUGUUAACAGGGCAGGCGGGGUGCAGACAGACCCCAGGGGACCCAUGGGCUGGGCCCAGUGAAAGAACACGGGGUUCUGUUCCAGUGUAAACCUGAGAACUGGACCGACCAGAGGAAGCCUGCUCCCACCAUGACCUACUGGGUGAUAGGGUAUAUGACAGUAUAAAAUACUAAAUGGUACCGUUCUCUAUGUAGUGCACUAUUUAAAAUGUGUGAAGAGUCAAUACUGCUAUCUCAAAUGGCAUCCUAUUCUAUAUAGUGCACUACCAGUGCACACUGGGGCGCUCUGGUCAUAUGUAGAGUACAGCAUAUGGUGAAUAGUGUACGUGAGAGAACAAAGUGUUUCUAGUCUGAUCUUAAAUGGCACCCUAUUCCCUAUGUAGUGCACAGUUUAGAGAUCUAGCCAAUGUACUAUAUGGGGAAUAGGGUGCCAUUUAAGACAUAACAUUUUAAAUUUUUUACAUUUUAGUCAUUUAGCAGACGCUCUUAUCCAGAGCGACAUAAAGUUAGUGAAUGCAUACAUUUUCAUACUGGCCCCCCGUGGGAAACAAACCCACAACCCUGGCGUUGCAAGCGCCAUGCUCUACCAACUGAGCUACAUAACCAACUGUGUCUGUGCUUAGCUUACAUAGUGUGAGAGCCCACCCAAUGCCACUGUAUAUGAUUGAGUCUCCUAUUAAUUAUGAUAUUUAUUUAGCCUCUGUUGCUAUACAGGGUCAGUGUUAUGAGUUAUGGCUUUGUGUGUGUUGGCAACAUUAUGAGUGAUGUCUGUAAUGAAUGUAGGGUUUGUAGUGUAGGGAUGGUGGUCUGUCCUUGUAGAACGGACUGAUGGCACUUUGGGUCUGUCUCGGCUGUUGACUUUGGACAUGCUCCUAGGUUUGAGAGGGCUGUGUGUGUGUGUGUGUGUGUGUGUGUGUGUGCGCGACUACAGCUGGCCCUCAGGGAGAGAGGUCUGUUGGAGUGGUACAGAAGGGAAGUAAAACUGUCUGGGUGGCAGAGUACAGAAGGGAAGUAAAACUGUCUGGGUGGCAGAGUACAGAAGGGAAGUAAAACUGUCUGGGUGGCAGAGUACAGAAGGGAAGUAAAACUGUCUGGGUGGCAGAGUACAGAAGGGAAGUAAAACUGUCUGGGUGGCAGAGUACAGAAGGGAAGUAAAACACUGGAGUUAACUUUGAGUGAGAGGCUUGGAGUAACAGGUCACCAUGUAAUAGCUGGGUUCUAGGUUUCAGUGGCAGUCAGACAUACUGGGCAGAGAGAUCUUCAUUCAUCAAGGUGCUGCUAUAUUGCCUACUCUCCUGACCUCUAGGGCUUUUUGUUAGAUUUUUUAAAUCACUCAGCAAUUAUAUGUCCUUCCUACCUAUGCUCCUCUACCUUGGGUCUGUCCCAAUAAUAUCUCCUUCCUCCUGAAGUGUGCACUCGUUCACUAUUCCCCACAAAAUUAAAAGCUUUGGAUUGGUGGAGGCAUGGACUAGAGGGCGUUUCCAUACACCAGUAAUUUCCUUUAAAAUCCAUGAAGGGAAGUGAACAAGUGCACACUUAAGGAGAAUGUAGAUAUUAUUAGGAUGCCCCAGAAACCAACUCUGCUAUUUUCCUCCUCUUUCUCAAUUUGAAGCUCUGUGUUGUCUCUCUGUGUUCCAGCCGGAUGCUUCUAGAACCCGUCCCUCAGGAAUUCUAUGUGUGUUUCCAUGACUCCGUGGCAGAGGUUCCCGUGGAGAUGGCCUUCCGCCUAUCUUUCGGCCUGGCCUUGUGACGAGCCGUCUGCCAACAGUCUCUUAAUGAACUCUGAUAACACUACUACCUACAGACAGAGGUGCACAACCCUGGGUUCUGUUCAUUAGCCACCA